AUGAAUACGAGAGUAUUAAAUAGUUUAAAUACUACUAGUUUUGUAUCUGAAACAAUAGAUACAUCGGGGAAAAAAGUUGAUAUUACAGCUGCAAAGAAACUUCCAAGGCAAAAAACUAUGGGAUUGCCUAAGACACUUAUACUAAAAGUAACAGCAAAAUAUAUGAUUGUUACAAAUAUCAAUACAGAAGAUGGUAUUGUUAAUGGCGCUAUUGGUGAAUUGAUGCAAAUUAACCGUACAGUAACUGUUAGUGGUAAAGAAGUUGCCCAUAGAGUGUGGAUAAAAUUUGAUGAACCAGAAGUAGGUUCAAUUACAAGACAAAAAGUUAAAGGGAAGUUGUCCCCUCAAGGAGAAGUAUUUGACGACUGGUCUUACUGGACAUCUAUUGAAAUUACGCAUUUGGAAUUUCAAAUUGGUAACUCAGAGAACCGGAAAGUUACUUGAACACAAUUACCUUUGGUUGAGGCAUUGGCCUUAACUGUUCAUAAAUCGCAAGGGGCAACUUAUGAAAAUGUUGCAUAUCAUGUGCCUAAAAAGUAUUUACUGUGCAACAUGCUUUAUGUUGGAUGCAGUAGAGCAACAUCGGCUAAAGGCUUGAGUGUAGACUAUUUUCCAUCUAAUCCGCCAAAACCGACUGUUAAAGUCAAUGCUGAAAUGAUUAGACUGCGAUCUUGUACAAUUAAACCUAAAUUUGAAUUUUUGGCAUCAGAUAAUCACUCAAUAUAUUGUGUUUCACACAAUAUAAGAUCAUUGAAUAAAUAUGUUGAACACAUUCUUGCUGAUAAAAUACUAUUAAAAUCAAAUUUACUAUUUUUCCAAGAAACUGGAUCUACAGAUUCUGAUUUUUAUAAUA